AACAGAGAGAAAAAUUGAGUACUUAAAUAUCUUCCCCUAUAUCACCCUCUUCUAGAAUCACACUUUCAAUACACGUGAAUAAUACAAGUCAGUCCAAGAAUACUUGCUCCCCAACUAGUAGACAAGGAAUUAUAACCACAGGAUUUAGUUUAUGAGGUUACUUCAAUAAAUUUACAAGAAAAUUCUACACUGAAAUAUAUUUGAAAGUUAAAAAAAAAAAAAAAAAAAAAAAAAAACUUGUUCAUUUGCAGGCCAUUUGAAUUUUUUUUCCUGCUUCCAUAUUUCCUCUUACCCUUAAUCUUUUUUAUCUUCAAAGUUCUCAACUCAUGACAACUUCCACCAGGACCAACACCAUGGCCAGUCAUAGGAAACAUUCUUCAUAUGGGGAAAAUGCCUCACAUAACUCUGACAAAUUUUGCAAAAACUUAUGGCCCCCUUAUCUCCUUCAAGCUUGGAACUCAAUUGCUAGUUGUUGGAUUAUCACCUUCUGUUGCUACAGAAAUCCUGAAAACCCAUGAUAAAAUCCUCUCAGGGAGACAUGUUUUAAAUGUUGUUCGGUCAUAAAGAUCAGAUCUUGACAAGAUAUCAAUAGUCUGGACUACUGAAUGUAACAAUGGAUGGAGAUACUUAAGGGCUUUAUGCAAAACUGAGCUUUUCUCUGGCAAAGUAUUGGAGUCUCAAGCUUGUUUGAGGGAAAAGAAAGUGAUGGAACUGGUAGAAUUCUUGAGGUCAAAAGAAGGUCAAGUGGUGAAUCUUGGAGAGCUAGUCUUUGCAACUAUGUUGAACAUGUUGAGUAAUGUUCUGAUAUCUAAAGAUAUGGUUAAUUUGGAGAAAGAAACAGAAGAAGAUGGUGGGAUGGAAAGUCUAGUAAGGGGAAUAGUGGAAGUAAACUCUGCUCCAAAUAUAUCUGAUUUUUAUCCAAUUUUAGGUAAAUUGGAUCUUCAAGGUCUGCAAAAAAAAUUUAUAGAUUUAAUGACAAAGAUUCGUUCCAAGUGGGAACCGAUUCUUGAAGAAAGAAGGAAUAGUAAAGAGAGUGGUUCUUCUAGCCAACAAGAUUUCUUGCAAACUCUCCUUGAUAAUGGUUUUACCAAUGAUCAUAUCCACCAGCUAUUUGUGGAGUUAUUCACUGCUGCUACAGACGCCAGUACCACAGCAAUUGAGUGGGCGAUGGCAGAACUGAUUAAAAAUGCAGAGUCAAUGAAGAAAGUUCAAGACGAGCUCAAGAUAGAACUCAGCGGAAAUGAUUACCCGAAAGAAUCUCAAUUGCUGCAGAUGUCCUAUGUCCAAGCCUGUGUGAAGGAAACACUCAGGUUGCAUCCUCCAACACCAUUGCUGCUUCCACAUCGUGCUAUCGAAACCUGUCAAAUAAUGAGUUACACAAUUCCUAAAGAUACUCAAAUCUUGGUUAACGCGUGGGCUAUCGGGAGGGAUCCUUUGAUAUGGGAAGAACCAGAGAUGUUUAAACCACAGAGGUUUCUGAGUUCUGAUAUGGACUUCAAAGGGAGUGACUUUGAGUUCUUACCCUUCGGUGCUGGAAGGAGAAUAUGCCCGGGCAUGUCCAUGGCUGCAAAAGAAAUUCCCUUAGUCCUUGCUUCACUUGUUCAUUUCUUUGAUUGGGAACUUCCUCAUGGAAAAUGUCCCGCGGAGCUAGACAUGAAUGAAAAGUUCGGAGUAUCACUGCAAAAGAAAGAACCGCUGCUUCUGAUUCCCGGGGCCAGAAAAUGACCAUUGGGAUAUAUACUAUCAGUAUCUCUUAUCUGUGCUAUACCUUGUAUUGUGCAUUAGAUACCAGUAGAAUUUUUCGUUCUGCUGUAAUCUUGUGGUUAUAAAAACAGAAGUUCUUGUGGAGAUAAGAGGCAAGUUAUAGUCGAUAAGAUCAUGUGCCCAACUGCAUAAAUUUUCAAGUUAAAUUGUUUCACUUGGGUCUACUCCCCUUGCCCUCAAAUGACAAUGGAACAGCCUCUUCAAGCUUUAAACCUA